CAACUUGUGUAACUUGAAGUGGCCAAUCAUUCCCUACAAGGAAAUUGAAAAGGCCACAAAUAAUUUUGAUCAAUCUCGUCAUCUUGGUAGUGGAGAAAGAAAGAAAGGCUUUAUCAGUCAGUACUACGGAACACUUGAGGAUGGACGUGAGAUUACAAUCCAGCGCUUUACAGAAGACAGGCGCUACAUAUUGCAACAGUUUAUCAAUGAAACUGUUAUCCUAAAUUACUUACCUCACAAAAAUAUUGUGUCAAUUUACGGAUGUACUUCUCAUCGUGAGGAACCUCUGCUCGUGCAUGAAUACCUAUCCAGUGGAAAUCUUGCUGCACAUUUUCGAGGUGAAAAGGACGAAAACAUUGCACUACCCUGGCUUAAACGAUUGGAUAUAGCCAUUGAUAUUGCAAAUGCAUUGGCCUAUCUUCACUAUUACGGCAUCAUCCACCGUAAUGUGAAAUCCAGCAAUAUUCUCCUAGAUGUGAACUUUUCUGCUAAACUUGGUAACCUUCAUUUAUCAUGCAAACUUCCAGAUGGAGUUCCUGUUGACACCACCCAUGUUACUAGUGAUAUAGUAGGUUCAAGUGGUUAUAUAGACCCAGAGUAUUUGACAAAAGGCCAGCUUAGUGUGAAAAUUGAUGUUUAUAGCUUUGGAGUGGUGUUGUGUGAGCUUCUAUCAUCAAAGCUUUCAAUAUUCCAUAUUAUGAAUGAGGAGGAUAAUCUUAAUACCCUUUUAAGCAGAAAAAUUGAAAACAAAACUUUGGUGGAGCUGUUUGAUCCGAGACUUGGGUUCCAAUCAAACCUUAACAUCAAGCAGUUGAUGACUGCUACAGCUGAGCUUGCAGUUCUCUGUAUGAAAUGUCCACAAGAAUCGAGGCCAAACAUGGAACAGGUGCUAGAGAUUCUCAAUGAAAUGAAGCAAGGGAGAUAUGUAACAACCUCUCGCUCAACUAAAGCUUUGAAAAUCUUCCACCAUGCUGAACUUGAAGAAGCUACUAACAAUUUUGGCACCUGCCUUGGUAAGGGAGGGUAUGGCAGCGUAUACUAUGGAAAACUUAAAGAUGGACUAGAGGUUGCAAUAAAAUGUUUCCAUGACGAGAAUGAGACAGAAGAGACCAUUAAGCAAUUCAUGAAAGAAUCUGAUAUCUUAGGUCUCUUGCACCACCAAAAUCUGGUCUCACUCUAUGGCCGCACUUCUCGCCAUUGCAAGAAACACAUGCUAGUGUAUGAGUACAUCUCCAAUGGCACACUUUCCAAACAUCUUCAUGAGUCUUCCGGUGAUAAACUACCAUGGCAAACUAGAUUGAAUAUUGCCAUUGAAACUGCAACUGCAUUGGUAUUUCUUCAUGACUCAAGUGUCAUCCACCGUGAUGUGAAAGGGAGUAACAUUCUGUUGGAUGAAAAUUUUACUGUUAAAGUUGCUGAUUUUGGAUUCUCACGGUCUCUUCCAGAUCAUGUUACUCAUGUUACAACUAUUCCAGUAGGAACUCGUGCUUAUAUAGAUCCUGACUACUAUAUAUCUGGAAGGGUCAGUAACAAAAGUGAUGUAUAUAGUUUUGGAGUGGUCUUGUUUGAACUCAUAUCAUCUAUCCACCCAAGUUUUGUUGCAGGCACAGAUAAUGAGACUCUGGCACAGUUUGCAAAGAGAAAAAUUUUGAACAAUGAAUUAAACGAGAUAGUUGAUGAAAGCUUUUCCUGUGGUUCUGACGAUAACAUUUUGGAAAUGAUAUCAGCAGUGGCAGAGUUAGCAUUUCAGUGUGUGCAGUGUCCCAAGGAGUUCAGACCAUCCAUGAAACAGGUGCUAGAGACCUUGGAAGGCAUAAGUAAAGGAAAAUGGGGAUUCAACCAGAUGACGUAGUCUUCAUUCACACACACUACCAGUGAUUAUCAGUUAGACAGUAACUUCAGAAACCUGCUUUUGAGAUUCACUUUAGAUCAUUGUUUCACUUUCACAAUUGUUUAUUUGUAUCCCACAAUAGGAAUGUUGUUUUCUUCUCACUGUUCUCUUUUUCUUUUUCUUUGUUGGUUAUUUAACUGUGUAGUCACACCAUUUAUAUAAAGAAUAUCAUUUGUUCUUC